AUGCUGGAAAUAUCAGUUAUCGAUGAGUUCGGAGAAACAUUCACAUGCACGCGUCUCGAUCUGACGGUGAUCACCGUACUGGAUAAGCUGCCCGCAUACUGUGAACGGCCAGAGAACCAAUCAAAGGUGUCCUUCGUCGUUCUCCAGCUUAUUCCCAGUGAAGGUUAUGCCGUCGAACAGAAUAACACCGAAUUGGACCUGGAGGGCGGCUACGUCCAACUGCUCGACAACACGAGACCAGCAGCGCUGAUCAGAGAAGUUCCCACGAUGCCCAAAAUGCUGGACAUGCUAGGUCUGUGA